AAAAAUUAAAUUGAAAUGGGAAUGACAUGGUUAGUAGAUGCAUUAGAGGAAAAAAAGUCAGGAUUUCCCACGUACACUUUUGUAUUGUUCAUCGAUAAAUGACACUUCCAAACUUUAUAAAUACAUUGUAACAGAAUUGCCACAUUGUGCCAAGUAUAUUGAGAUGUUCCAUUCUGAAACUCCAGAUGUUAACAAAAACAUCAUAAUUAAUGCAUUGAAGGAGGAAAGUAGUGUUUUGAGAUUUAUUUUGUCAACCAGUGCCCUGGGAAUGGGUUUAGAUGUAAAAAAGUGUAGUGGAGUGGUAUUAUUUGGACCUCCAAAUAAUCUGGUAGAUUUGCUGCAAGAAAUAGGGCGAGUGGGGAGGGAUGGAAAUCCAUCAGUUGCCAUUAUCCUAUACAAUGGAUACCACUUGCAGAAGUUGAAACCGGAAGUUAAGGCAAUUCUUAAAGCUAAAGAUUGUAGGAGAAAGGAUCUGAUGUGUAAUUUCCUCAGAAAUUCAGACUUGGAUGAUUUGAUGAAGAAAGAAAGCAGGAAACAUUCAUGCUGUGACUUGUGUACUAAGUCUUGUAAUUGUGAAUCCUGUGAUAUGUUACCUCUUGAGAAGUUAUUUCUGUCAGAACAAGUUGUUGAGGAGCUCGAGGAGCAAGAAGAUUCUGCUGUUUCAGAUAGCGAUACUGAAGACUACAAUUUGUCGGCCUAUGAAUACUUCGAAGAUCUUGAUAUGGCUUUAUUAGAAAUACAAGAUGAUUAAAACAGUUGAUAUUUAUUUA